UCUUACGGCCAGGAUUGCACGUCCCUUUCCUCUCCGAGCCGUCGCCCACAAAAUGAACCGACGCGCCCGGCGCCGCCACCAACGCCACCCGCACCACCGCCAUAGCCGCAGAAAUAUGAAAAUUUUCUAGGGUUCUUCGUGAAAUCCUCGCCGCUCACUCCCGAAUCCCCCCAGUCCGGCCCCGCCGGAGUCCCGGAUUUACGGUUUAUCCAUGGCGUCGGCCCCUCCCGGCGACGACGGCACCGGCGGGGAGGAGCUGGCGGCAGGCCCCGCCUCGGCCUCGCCCUCGGCCGCCCCCGCCUCGGCCUCGCCCUCGGCCGCCCCCGCCUCGGCCAGGUCCCGGUGGGCGUCGGAGAUCAAGGUCUACUCCCGCAAGUACUCCAGCAAAAACCCUAAACCUUCUCCGGACUCUAGCCCCAACCCGAAUCCCCUCUCGGAAACCCUAUCCUUGAUUCGUCGCCCCGUCCGUCGCCCAGAGCCUGGGGUUGCUGCUGCGGAGGCGCAGCCCGAUCCGGCGGCGCCGAGUUCGAGUCCACCUCGCCCUCCGCCUCCCCCUUCGCCUCCCGACACAGCGGUGCCGACGUCCCCUCCCCCUCCGGCUUCCAACACGGCGGUGCCGACGUCCCCUCCCCCUCCGCCUCCCGACCCGGUGGUCCCUACGUCCCCUUCCCCUCUGCCUCCCGCCCCGGCAUCGCCUGGGGAACCUACUCCCGCCUCUGGUGACAUUUCAAGGCUUAACCGGGACGGUGCCACUGUUCCCAACGGCCAUGGCAAUGACCGGGCGGUGGUCGCAGCUGAGAAAGCUGAGAAAGCACGGAAGCGCAGAACGAGUGAGCUGCGGCGGCAGCUUGCGUUGGAGCUUGACAAGGUGCGUGUGCUCUCCAAGCGGCUGAAGGCAGCUGCUGAGGCCUUGGCGCAGGAGGCUUCCACGCCCAUGCCUUUGGCCUUGCUGGUGCCACCAUCGGAGGUGUUGGAUGCUGGGUACAUGCGCUCUCAGUUCUCACCUACUGGUCCAGUGACGCCCGUGCCUGCCCAGGCCACUGCAGUUGCUCCUGUCAGAUCACUGCUGCAGCGCGGGCCACUAACUGUGUCGGUGGUUCACACAGAACGCUUCGACAAGGAGAAACGGACUCCAAAGGCGAAUCAGUUCUACCAAAACUCAAAGUUCUUGCUUGCCAAAGAUAAGUUCCCAUCUGCAGACUCACAUGGACCCAAGAAAUCCAAGCAUCACAAGAAGAAGCACAGGUCCCUAGAAGCUCAUGGUGUAGGCUACGAUGCUGAGCGGAGGUUAUACUCUCACGCACUCAAGAAGUCUUCGUCUCUUUUGAGCCAGCUAAUGAAGCACAAGUUUGGGUGGGUGUUCAACAAGCCUGUCAAUCCAGUUGCACUUGGCUUGCAUGACUAUUUUGCUAUUAUCAAGCACCCGAUGGAUCUUGGCACGAUAAGGGGGCGGCUCAGCCGUGGGCACUACAGGAACCCGAAGGAGUUUGCUGAAGACGUGCGGCUCACUUUCCAUAAUGCCAUGACAUAUAACCCCAGGGGACAGGAUGUGCAUAUCAUGGCGGAGCAGUUGUCAGGUAUCUUUGAGGCGCAGUGGCCUGAGAUUGAGGCUGAGGUUAACUAUCUUGCGUCAUGUCCUCCAUUGCCAGAGAAGUUUCCACCUCCUCCGAUUGACUUGCGCUUCCUAGAGAGGUCAGAUUCCGUAAGACACCAUAUGGCGUUGGACUCUAAUUCAAGGCCGAUAAGUCAUACUCCCACUUAUACUAGGACUCCAUCAAUGAAGAAACCUAGGGCAAAGGAUCCAAAUAAGAGAGACAUGACAAUAGAAGAGAAGCGUAAACUUAGCGAUAACCUCCAGAACUUGCCCCCGGAGAGGCUUGAUGCUGUUGUGCAAAUCAUUAAGAACAAGAAUUUGUCAGUUAGGCAGCAUGAUGAUGAGAUUGAGGUCGAAAUUGAUAGCAUGGAUGCCGAGACACUUUGGGAGCUUGAUAGGUUUGUGGCUAACUACAAGAAGAACCUGAGCAAGCGAAAGAGAAAGGCUGAGCGUGCAAUGCUUGCAAGGCAAGAUGCAGAGUUGCGUGCACAGUAUGCUGCACAACAACCGCAACCACAACCAACUCAAGAACCUAAUAUUGGUGGCAAAUCUCCAAUGCAAAAUUUGAUGGUGGGCGGACAAUUGGCAUCUUCGGUGCCAAAACAAAAUGACAACACUGGACAGAAUGCAAGUAGUUCAAGCAGUGCUAGCAGCUCCAGCAGUGAUUCAGGGUCGUCUUCUAGUGACAGCGAUUGCUCUUCUACAGAUGGAUCGGAUGCUGCUAAGUAAUCUUGAAAUAUAGGAGGUGGCCCUUAUUUUUAUGGUCAAGCGUAGAUGAAACAAGAAAAUCUGCAUGGCCUCAGAGCUUUGUUUUCAUGACAUGAAGAAGAGCCAAACCAAGUGCUAUAUGCUUGGCCAGGCCUCAUUCAUAACUUGGUGACAAUGCUCAACAUGACCAUGUUCGAUUAUGGUGAGAUUGGUGGCUAUGGUAUGAAGCCAGGAUGGGGAGCAAGAUGUUUGCCGUCUUGAACAGGGCCAUUUCAAUUUCUGUGGUUUUGAUAGUAGAGGCAGAUUCUUACUUCACUCUUUUUCUCCCAAAACUGUGGUCUGUGGCGCAAUUUGAAGUGUUCCUUCAUUGUUCUGCUUCUCACCCCAUACUACCUGCUGUCACCAGAGCCUUGACAGCUUUCUCUUGUGCAUUUUGGCACUACAACCGCCCUUUUGCCAUUAUCCCAUCACCCAAGCAUUCAACCAUGGUUUCCAUCCUGUAUCGCAGGCUUGCAGCUCGAGCAUGAGCUGGCUAUCCACAAGAGUGAAUUUUUUGUUGCUGGCCUUGGGAUGAUUUGGAUGUUCUUUUUAGGAAAUGAUUAGGUUCCAUCUACUAGGCUUCUAUAUACUAGGGAUGGGUUUUGAUUAGGUUCCAUCUUUUAGGCUUGUAUAUACUAGAGAUGGGUUUUUCUAGAAGGGGGAAGAGUGUUAUCUUUAUUGUCAAGGAAAGGUGAAAAUAGAAAAGGUUCUGGACUCCCACUUGGUUCUUCUAGUUUUCCACUCGCUCUGCCACACGCCUCAGAGUUUUGUAUUGGCAGCAUGAGAAAGAUCCCAACAGAUAAAUGGCUGGUGCCCUAUCCCUGGCCCUUACCUGUAACCAAGACAUGUGACACGUGAUUCUUGAUUAGCAAGAAAAAUAGGAUAAACAUAAGUAUGCAACUACAUUAAUAAACAUUUCCUCAAUUUAAAGAGCCAUCUUGUUUGUCUAUAGCAAUCAGAUAUUGUGCGGGGCUGACAUUGGUACAGAGAUUCCUCAUCUGCUCUCAUGGUAGUAAUUUAUUAGGAUGAUCAAUUGUUCCUUUAGUAAUGCCUUGCUGGAAGAAUUCAAAUCUUAGAUAUUUUGGUUUUACUCCAUGCAUUACUUUCAAACAAAAAAGAUACACAAUAAAAAAAAUUCCAUUUUGCUGUGAACCAAAAGACUUGACUUAUUUAUUUGAAUCAGAACCCCCAGGGAAAAAAAGCAUAGUUAGCUGUCGCAAGAAACUUGCUUAACACCAUUUAUGUUUCCUGUCCUUUGUAUGGGAUUUGAUCCUUUUGUCCUUCCGUGCUCUGAGUCAGAGAGGUUCUUCCUGUUUAUAGGAGAUGAGCAAAACAUUGCUAAUGGAUGCUAUUAUAACUUAACAAGUAUGAGGAUUGUAGAGGAACAGAUUAGGUCACAAGUUGGAUUCUGCUAGCAAAAUUGCUUCUUCUUGCAUUGUCCUAAUCCACCCGAACAGCCAUCUAAGUGUUAAAUGUUUUAUCUUCAAUUAUUCAAAUACUUUCUCUUUGCUAGAAAUCUUUUUGCAUUGUCCUGCCGCCUCUGCUCAGUGCAAAAAAAAAAAAAAAAAAAGAAGAAUGAAAAAUCAUUUUUGCUAUCGUGGCACAGGGAUUGGACAAUAUCUGUUUCUUCCUUUUUUUUCUGUGAACUAAUUUAGUUAUUCAGGGGCUUACCCCCUUGCCAUCAUGUGGAUGUCCAUUUUCACUUGGUUGAAUUUGUAGUUAUAAGAAUGGAAGCACGUCAAUGAAAAAAUAGAAGAUAAUUGACAGAUCCCAGAUCCCAUGUACAUCCAAAACACACCGAUUGCUUGCGCUUUCAUUUUUGCCAUGCCCAAAAAGGUUAACCAAGCAGCGUGGCUGAUUCCCUAGGCGCUGUAUGUCUUAUAUGAUAAUUCCAUGCUAUAUACUUCUUUUAUGGAAUGUGGACUAAAUCCGUUCAUUAACAGGAUUCAUUGAGCCUAUCUAGCUGGAUUUAAAGUUGGUAGUUCUGUUUCUUUUUGCAUUAAGCUUGAAUCUAUUGUUAUUUGAAGGUUUCCAUUGUGAACUUUCAGUCAAAAGAGUGCAUAGAUUUGUGACCACUGCUUUGCACAUAAUUGCUUGUUCAGGGAAUUUUUCUGUGCGUCAAUAAUGCGACUUAAGUUUUUUCUAGUAAAAUACUCUUAUUUAAAAUAGAGGUCAAGAUGGACCUUUCACGUACCUUUUUUUUUUUUCUGAAAUGUACCCACUCGCUGAUGCCAAAGCCUGUAUCGUGGGGAUGCCAAAGCAAGUUCGGGUAGGCUAGAGAUGAAACCCACAAGAUCCAACUAAAAAUAACAAUUGAAUAUAAUAUUUUAAUCUCACUCUGUCUAUCCUGCAUAUGAAGACGAAUGAGUUCCAUCUUCAUUGUAAAGCUUGGUUUGCUUUGAUGUGUCAGUCGCCUGAGUCGUUGAUGGUGAACACUAUAGUUGGUUCUUCUUGUCAUCAUUGUUGUAUACAGGGAAAUUGUAAAUCUGUGGAACUUUAGGUUCCAUCCUCUUCAAACUUAGUUAUCUUCUUUCCAACUAUGAGUCAUUGAUGGAUUGGUAUCAGCUAAUCUUAGAGUUUUUGUUAAUUGUUUUUCUUGGAAGAACAGAACUUAUGAGAGAAUUCCUGUGUUUAUGUUAUAUGAUUAUUUUGGGGUUCUGGAAGUAUACUAGAAAUCUUUUAGACGGAGUCAGUCAAUGUUGUGCAUUCAUCUUCCUAGAAUUCUUUUAGACAGAGUCAGUCAAAGUUGUACUUUCACCUUCCUCUUUUUUUCUGCUGCUUUUUCAAUGUUAACAUUACCUGGAAUUACUUAUGUUCCAUGACUGUCUAAUGAGCCGUUCAUGCUUGCUUUAUUGAACUAGCUCUGUUAUUUUCAUGAGUUGAUUUCAAUUACAAAUUGUAAUAACAA